AUGGCGUCAAGGUGCAAGCGUAUCAAGAGCUUGAACUUGUUUGUAGAUCUACCAAGAGGGAGGCUGGCAUCAGCCAUGCAAAACUGGACUCAUUAAUGUCUGGGGGUGACUAUAUGGUCCCACAUCCUUCAGGUCCACAUCCAUGACCAGAAGGAGUAGUAGUAUCAGGAAGAUUGGAUUAAAUUUAAUGAUUACUUAGUUAAAUAUGUUAAGUUAAAUUAAUUGAAAACAGCUUGCAGAUACUUAAUUGGCUUAGGAUUUUAUUUAAGUGAUGAAUUAAUAUGUUUAAUUUCAUAAUGUGAAGAUCUAAGGAUGUUAAUGUUUAAGUUAAAUUUUAUAAGAACUGUGAUUUGGAAAACCGUUAAAAGGAUAUGCAACAAAAUUCAACCAAGGGGAAGCGAGGAAGUCACUUAACAAUGUUAAUAAGUGUAUUUUUUAACAAGGCUAUGAUUUAUGUUUGUUUGUCUUAUGUAUUUGUUUGUUUAUAAUGUUGUGAAAACCAAUAAAAAAAGUUGAAGAAAAAAAAACUUAUAAUGCUUGCGGGACAGGCAGAAAUCCAUCAGGAGAAGCUCCUCUUCGGCACAUCUCUGUGCGAGCAAAAGGGUUUACCUGCUGAAUUUUUGCCAGACACCCAGCAGCUAAACACAUAGGACCCCAGCCAGAAACAAACCUGGCAACUGGUUAUCACAGGCUCAGAUGUUUUCUCUGCAGGUGGAGAAGGCAAGACGUAAUGUCUUGGUUGGGAGUUGUAAUCAUCAUGGCAAGUGAAUUUCCUCCCCCCAUUUAACAAACAGGUAGUUUUAAGGGGACUGGCAGGUGUAAAAUGGGGGGAGGGGGAACCGACACUCUUUUCACACACUAACACACACACACUAGCUCUGUGGUGCCGCCUGUUAGAUCUGACCUGUCAGCAAAGGAAAACGAGAGAUAAUUACAGGGUCUGAGGAUGGGCCUAUAUAACGGAAGAGUUUGCCCUCCCUCCCUCCAACAGGUCUUCUUCCAGGUGGCGGAGACCAUGAGGCUCUCUGUAGCCCUGGCACCUUGGAUUCUCCUCCUCAUCCAGGAUAUUCUGCCCCUCACGCCAGCCCAAGAGAGGACGCUGCGCUUCGUCACGCUGGUACACAGGAGGGUGGGUGGCAGGAACUAGGGCGCCUGGGUUCUCCGGGAAGGAGCAGGGGUCUGCACAGCAAGAGAGAAAGGAGCCAGAGUACUUUGGGAGGAGUGUGAGGCAUAGCUGUCAACUUACAGAUUUGAAAAUAAGGGACCAGCAGCCUCGAAAAUAAGGGAUCUGCAGCCAAAAUAAGGGAUUUUGCUUUGCUUGUACAUAAAUCCGGCACUGAUGAAGCCAUGCUGCUUUGGCUGCGACUGACUGUGUUUGCAGGGGGUUGGACUAGAUGAUCCUAAGGGUCUACAGCUCCCACCAAAGAAGAGUGACAGACAAAACUCAUGAACGACGUCAAGAUGGCAAAGCUUACAGGCAGAAUUAGAAACCAGGAAGAGAACCUCUUUAAUAAAGAAUGGGGAAAGUUUAUAAUUUAUUUGAAAAGCUAUUGUAAAGAGUUACAUACAUUGGUAGGAUUGACAGAAAACUUGUAGCAAAAAUUUGAAAUAUGGAUGGACAAAUGAUUUAUAAAAAUAGAGUUAUGAAAGGGAUGCAGAGGAGCAAAUCACUACAUUAAGAUGCUGCACUGGUUGGAGGGUAUGCUAAGCAGCACGUCGCGGCUGCCGUCGUCCUGGGGCGAGAAGUUCCAUCGGCCCUUCCCCGCCAGAGGGGGGGGAGGGAGAGAGGCUCUUGCCCACGCCACCCGCGAGCCCGGCAUGAGGUGGUCGCGGCCGCUGAAGCACCGCCCUUCUGCAUCCCUCCCCAUCCCCUCCUCUUCCUCCUCCCUCAGGCCGCCUCCUCAGCCGCCGCUGCCGCCACCCAUCUCCUCACGACGCGCCCCUGAGGGGGAAAAGGGAGAGAUGGAGACGUGGCAGCUCGUGCGUGCGCUCUCUCUCGCAGAGGAGGACCCCAAGCAGCUGCUUCCCUCCCAAGCCUAAGCAUGAAACCCGGGAAAUUUAAGGGACAUCAUCAGUAAGGGACAGCAGCGGGACACGGUGCUGGGAUAAGGGAGUUUCCCGCCAAAUAAGGGACGGUUGACAGCUAUGGUGUGAGGUCUACGGAAGCAGAGCUUCUGGAUACCUUGAGUCGGGAAUGAAGGGGGUGAAUUCUGCUCCAAGCAGUGAGUUGCUUCUCUUUCAUUUCAUAUAUUGCUAUAUCCUACCUUUCAGAAUAUAAAUCCUACUGAGGUGGCUUAGAACUGACAUUCAAUUACUUACACUUACACACACACACACACACACACACACACACACACACACACAGUGGUAUCUCGGGUUAAGAACUUAAUUUGUUUCAGAGGUCCAUUCAUAACCUAAACCCGAUCUUAACCUGAGGUACCACUUUAGCUAAUGGGGCCUCCUGCUGCCGCCACCUGAUUUCUGUUCUCAUCCUGAGGUAAAGUUCUUAACCUGAGGUACUGUAACCCAAAGUGUUUGUAACCCGAGGUACCACUCUGUGUGUGUGUGUGUGUGUGUGUGUGUGUAUGAAUGACUUUGAUAUUUAAUUAAUUAUAAAAGUAUGUCAGUAUCCUGUAUCAUAAAAUAUCAAGGUGGUGUACAUUGUUAAAACAGGGGGGAAACCAGUGUUUUUAAACAAUAAAAACACAGAAAAACAUUAAGGAGACUGGCUAUUGAAAAAUGCCAAAACUUUGUGUUGUUUCCAGUGUUGGUCAAACGCCACUGAAAUUAAUGGACCCUAAGUUAGUCGUGCCCAUUCAUGUCAAUGGAUCCAGUCCAAGUCUGUCUAACCAUGGUUACAACCCCAUCAUGGUGGGUGGGACAGUUCUGUACUGGAAGGGCACCAGAAAUCUGUGUCUGCGCUGGGCACAGAGACACAUCACACACCCAGAGACUUGUAGCACCUUAGAAACUAACACUUACUGUGGCAUAAGUCUCCAUGCACUUAAGACCACUUUGUCAAAUACCUGAUGCUGGCACACACACCCUUUUUUUUAACUGAUCGGUCUAAUAGCUUGUUCAGUCUCAAGAAGGGUAAUAACAUACUAAUUACUUUACCCUGACUCACCCAAUCCCUGGCCACUUUGAAUGAAAAUGUAUUCCACAGAAGUGCCCGAAAGACUGCAGGCUUGGUAUUAGGAAUACACCCUUAAGGGAUGGGAGGGGAGCGUUUUAAAGGGAUAGUGUGAAAAACAAGUAUUAGGCCUAUUAUGAAAUAUAUAUAUGCUCACACACAUAGGAUGGUUCUCUUGUAAUGCAUCAGAUCUGAAGAGGAGUAAAUAGAAAUUUGUAUUUUUAAUUUCUUUAAAGGGGUAGUUUUUAUAGCACUAGAUGUAGCACUAGAUGUUGUUUUAUAUAUGGAAUGCAUAAUUUAUAAUAAUACCCGCAUAAGUACAUAUUUGUUUAUUUUGCAAUACACUUGGUGCAUGUCACAUAAACUCAAAAGUAAAAAUUAUAAGGUGGCUGUGGUUGCUUUUCUUUGCCCCUCACCUGUAAAUGAAUUGGUGCAGGCAUCUUGUUUCUGGUUUACAGACUGACCCUCCAGCAGUGCCAUCUAUUACAGAAAGGGAAAACACGUGUCUGUUUCUAUGCAUGUGUGUGAGAGAACUAGAUAGCAAAGGGUGUGUGUGUGUGUGUGUGUGUGUGUGAGAGAGAGAGAGAGAGAGAGAGAGAGUAUAGGUGGAAUAAUAUGGAAGGUAAAUCACAGUAGGUCCCAUUUUGCAGGCCAGGAUCACAGAAUCAUAGAAUCUUAAGAGUUGGAAGGGACCCAAGGGUCAUCUAGUCCAACCCUCUGCAAUGCAGGAAUCUCAGCGAAAGCAUCCAUUGCAGAUGCCCAUCCAACCUCUGCUUAGAAAACCUCCAUGGAAGGAGAGUCCAGCACUUCUCAUGGAAGUCUGUUCCACUGCCGAACAGCUCUUACUGUCAGAAAGUUUUUCCGAAUGUUUACUCGGAAUCUCCUUUCCUGUAACUUGAAGCCAUUGGUCCAGAGUCCUACCCUCAAGAGCAGGAGAGAGAAAAAGCAUGCUCCCUCUUCCAUGUGACAACCCUGAAAAUAUUUUAAAAGUCCAAAAAGAUUCCUGGUCUUGUAGGUUAGAAAUUUGAGGGCAAAACUAUCACUCGGUUUGCUGUAUGUCGCUGUUCUGACCCCCUUCUUCUUUCUUAGGUGUAUCGCCAUGGUGACCGAUCCCCUCUGGGCACCUACCCCACGGAUCCCCACAAAACGGCACCCUGGCCACAAGGCUUCCAGCAACUCACUGAGGUGGGGGCUUGGGGGGGUGUAGAGGGGUGGGAUGAGCACUGGAGGCAAAUGGGGCACUGCCGCUGUCUGGCUGCCUUUUUGCUUUACAACCACUCAGGGGCUAGCUCUCCCUGCCAUUGGCUCAAGCUCCACUUGUUUUCCCAAGGUCACCUCCAGCCACAACCUGGGGAAGGGGGAGAAAGGCACUUGCCAGAAUUUCCAUGACUGGAGUUUUUGUGUGAGUGAAGGCGACUGAUCUCAGCCUUCGCUUUGCACUGGAGCAAUGGGACAGCCCUGUUUUGGAGGACGCUUCAGAUCUUUCUCUAUCCCUGCCCCCCCAACUUGAUUUUUUCCUUUUGUCUGCUGCAGGUAGGUAUUUUGCAACAGAAGGCACUGGGACGAUUCCUCAGAGAGAGAUAUGCUGGCUUCCUGAGUGCAUCCUACAAACCACAGGAGGUAAAUAUCCGUUUGCUUAUUUAAUAAAGGCAAUAUAUAUAUUCCACACCAGCACCCAAGAAUUCACAAGGCAGCAAAUAUGAAUACAGUAAUAAAUAUAUAUAAAGCAUGCAACAAUUUAAGUAUUAGCUGACAUGCAAAAAUAAGCAGCAGCAGCACCCCCAAAAUGUAUCCAAACCCAUAACACCAGCUCCACACACCUUUUAAAAAGCUAAUGGGUGGUGGGUGAAGCCAGAGGGGGAAACUGGGUGGCUCUAGAGGCCCAAGUGGACAAUGGAGGCUUUUGAUUUUUACAUCCCACCUUUCCUCCAAGGAACUCAAUGAGGCAUACACAGCUCUUCCCCUCUCCAUGUUAUUCUCACAACAACCCUGUAAGGUAGUUUAGACUGAGAGAUGGUGACUGGCCCAGGGUCACCCAGUAAGUUUCAUGGCUGAGUAGGAAUUUGAACCCUGGUCUCCCAUGUCCUACUCCAAUACACAACACUGGCUUGUGUUCCAGCCACACAAAAGCCCAAAGCUUCUACGCUCCCACCAACACAACUCUAUUGUCCCUUCAGGCAAGCAAGCAACAUUAGCAUCACAGGUCAAAGACACAUUCCAACCAGGCCAGAGCACCUCGAGAGGGUGUAGUGGAGGUCAGUGAGAUGUGUGGGCUUGGAGAGUCUCAAGGACAGGAUAAAUAGCCCCACCAGCACUCGGGGACAGCCAAGGUUUUCACCCGCCUUGAGGCCAACCAACCAUUAUGCCACUUUCUAGAUCUAUAUCCGCAGCACAGAUUACGACCGCACCUUAAUGAGCGCCCAAGCCAACCUGAUGGGGCUCUAUCCAAGCUCAGAUCCAGAGAUCAGCUGGAGACCUGUUCCCAUCCACACUGUGCCUACUAAGUAUGAUAAGGUAAUCCUUCGCAACUUGCCCAGAUUUUACUGGUUCUUAUCAGCUGCUUCUCUGCUUUGUAUUGAGUUUAUGUGGCAUUUUCUUAUAUUGCUUUUAUUGAACACCAUCCUACAAGUCUUCCAUUGCAAGGAGGUCUAUGCAUGAAACAAAUGUAUUUUUUGACAGAGAAGCUAAGGGAAGUGUUUCCUGAAAAGGGGAAUGCCACUUCACGAAAUCCAACUUUAUCAAGAAUGAAUUUCUUUCUGGCUCUUUUAUUUUGAUGUCUUGCCACAUUUCUGUAUGAGUUCCGUCUAGGCCCUCCAUUUUCAUUCUGGUCAAGCUUAAAAAUUGGGACAGAGACUCAGUAAGUAUAUUUACCAUUUAGACCGGUGUCAUGAAGUCUAGCAUUCAAUCCACUACACCAGCCUGGUAAUCUGGCAGAUAUUUUGACCUAUAAUUCCCAUCAACCGCCUGCUGUCAGAGGCUGAUGGGAAUGGUCGGCCAAAAUAUCUGCCUGACUCCAGGUUGCUGAAGACAGCUCUACACGGCAGCCUUUUUUGAGCAAAGCAGGAGCUUACGGAUGUGAAAGUGAGAUUCAAUCAGUGUUCCUGCUUCUGAAGUGUAGCCCCAUAGUUUACAUAUGGGAAAGAAAAGAGGGGUCAGCUUUCCCCAAGAAUCAGAUUUGUCUGUCUUUUCCUACUCCACACCUCACAGCUGCUGAAGCCGCCAACCCGGAACUGCCUACGAUACCAACAGCUGAUGGGAGAGACAAUUAAUUUGCCAAGCUAUCAGGCUAAAAUGGAGACCUGGAAGGUAUCAGGGAAAGGUGGGGUUGGCUAGGAGGGAGGGAGGGAGGGAGGGGGGAAUGGAUUCCAAAGCCAGGAUUUCUUCUUCAUCCAAUUCAUCAAUCCAACUCUUUGCACCCAUUGUAAGAGGAAUGCACCACCUGCAGGGGGAGUCUUGUUCUCUGCCUUGAUCACUCAGAGGAUAUAUAUGUACUACAAACUUAAAGCAGGUUUUAUACCACUUUAAUUGACCUGGCUUUUACCCAAAAAAAUCUUGGGAAAUGUAGCUCAGCAGGGAUACUAUAGGGAUCCAAAGCGCGCACACACACAACUGAGAACCACGAUUCCCAUAGUGAAUUACAUUAAACCAGUUCUCAUCUUGUCUUGUGUUGCCAUCGUCAAGAAAACUGACUGCCUUAUUUUGCUUACGGCAGCCCUUUGUUUACUUUUGGAAAACUCUGAUGGCCAGUCUAGCACCCAAUCUGAGUGUUUUUAUUAUUCAUUUAAAAUAUUCAUAUACCACUUUGUGGGGCAAGAAUCCAGGGUAGUUUCCAAAAAAUUAAAGCUAAAGCUUUGAAUGUAAUAGAAAACAUUAGUAACAACAACAGAUACAAGGUAAAAAAGCAAUACUUUAAAAAAGUGCCCAGUGAUGUAAAGCAAUAAUGUUUAUUCAAAAAUAAAUUACUCCUAGGUAAGCACUUGUAACAGCCUUUGCCAACCCUAGUGCCCUUCAGCUGGUUCGGACUACAACUCCCACCAGCCCCAGAUAGCACCUUGUUGGGCCUGAGGGCACAUUCAAGAAAUCUAAGAAACUGUCAUGGGAACCACCCAUUUCACAGAAGAAAAAACUGAUGUUCGGGACCAAAAAACUCUACACAGCCCAAAAUAAACAAAAAAGAAGGCACACAUAGUUUUAAAAUAUAUACAAAUUUGAGAAAGGCAGGGGCCCUUAGGCCUAACUUAGUCAUGUUUAUUAACUCUGAUGGGUCUAGUCUUGAGUGAAAUGAACACUGAAUACCAUCCAUAAUGGGUCUAAUUGUGGUGCAACCCUACAUGGAAGUGGGUUUUCGGAAGCCACACCACUUACAACAUUCAGGCCUAUGUCGGUUUACAUGGACGUAUACUGAUGUUAGUAAGAUUGUGUAGGAUAGUGGAACUAGCUUCCUCCAGGCGAAGCCCAUUGAAGUUCCAAUCCGUUAGCUAAUUCUUCUUCCCCCUUCCCUCCCUUCCCAGGGCUUUAUGAGAGAGAUGGCAAACCAUACAGGGCUUAAACAGGAACAGCUAACCCUGAGGGGCCUUUGGAGGGUCCACGACUCCCUCUUCUGCCAGGUAGGCAUACUGCACCGCAUAACAGCCUCACCAGUUUGCCUCCAACCAUACCUUUCUCUAGUGUUUUUUUCUUUCCUUGCAGAAAACACACAACCUGACCUUGCCCAGCUGGGCCACGCCACAGGUCCUGGCCACCCUUUCAGAGAUGGAAGCAUUCAAUGUCGAAGCCCAUGUGGGAAUGCAUGCAAGCCAGGAGAAGGCCCGAUUCACUGGAGGUAAAUUUUAAUCAAUUUUAGAGGAUAAACAUUCUAACGCUGCUUUGACAAAACACAGUACUGGGGGAAAAAUUGAGGAUCCGUUCACACGGCACCUGGAAAUUCACUAUUUUCCAGUUCAAUGUGUUCCCCGUUGUCCUCCACAGAUCCAUACCGAACCAAUUUGUGGGGGGGCCAUGACAUUUCUGUGCUUUUCUUUUUUUGUUACUAUGGUUUUUCUUCCACUGAACCCUUCAGCUGUUAUUGAUGGCGCAUGCCCCAGUGCUCAGCACAUGUGUGUGCUUGCGUGACUCAUUUUCAUAUGCAACACGGCACCCCCUUGACCCCCAAUUAUUUGCAGAGCUGCUAGUUUUGUGCCUGUUGGUCAGUUAUUCUUUGACAUACCAUAGGACACCCCUCAGUCAAGUCUCUCUCCCACCUUGCAGGGAUAUUACUUGGCGCUAUCCUGAGAAACUUCUCCAAAGCAGUGUGCCGGGAUCUGCCCCUGAAGAUGAUCAUGUAUUCUGCUGUAAGUCUUUCCCCACCUUAAGACUUCAGAGGGACCAUGUGGGAAGAUGGGGUGUGUGGUUUAAGUGUGUAUAGCAGUCUGUUUAGAAGGAUCUCGGGGCUAUUUAGUGGCUUCACUGCAAGCAGUUCUUUUUGAAAGUGCUAAAAAUAAGUCUCACUAAAACUAGAACUAUCAAACUAAGCCUGCAAACUAUGGAACAAACUUAUCACAUGAAGGGGAAACAGGAGGUUCCUGAAUAGCACCCUCUAUGAAGAUGAGGGGGAAGCAAAGUAAUAUCAUCUAGUCUGCACAUGGAAAAGUGGCAUGUUUUAGGGAGUGGGGGGCAUAGCAAUAUAUUGUAAAAUGCAAAACAAAAAAACAUGUUGGCUACAUUUUUCCUGUUCACCUACUUUUUAGCAUGACAGCACCUUAAUUGCUCUUCAAGGAGCCCUGGGCGUUUACAAAGGUCCCCCUCCACCCUAUGCUGCCUGUCAUGGGUUCGAGUUCUACCAGGAAAGCAAUAAGUAAGUCUGGUUCCAUCUGUGGGGCAGGAAGUUUCUCUUCUUUUGCUGGGUGUUGAAUUUGCUCUCCAUCACAGAGAAAGGUUUGGUGUGCAUGUAAAAACUGUACAGGUGCUGAUGAACUACUGAUAAUUUAUCAUCCUGGUGAAAUAAAACGCUGGCAGUAUUUUAAGAAGCAAAAAAAUGUGCAGUCUUCAAGGCUUGUGAGGUUGAGCUUAAAAGGCUUAUAACUUGCAGCAAUAUCCCAGGGAACAGAAUGUGCUCAGGCUUUCAGCUUCCUCUAACUCUGUGCCCAAUAGAACAAAUUAUGUACAAUUGCUUUUGCAUGAAGAACUGAAAUGUUUACUUGUUGAAAAAGCAGCUUAUACAUGCCCCCCCCCGCUCCCUUUGUGGCUCCGCUAUCCUCCCACAACUCAAUGGUAGACACAUCACUUCACGUGCAAAGGAUCACACAGGUUCAAUCCCCAGUAUUCUCCAGGCAGGGCUGGGGAAAGGCUCCCUGUUUGAAACCAUGGCAUGUUUUCCCUUGUUUUUUAAAAUUAAAAGCCACUUUUUGGAGUACGGUAAGUCUUCUCUGUCCAGUUUUUUUAAUUUUAUUUUUAGUUCUGACUUUGAUAUAAGGAAACAUUAUUAUUACUACCCUUUCUUAAAAGUUGUCCUCUCCAAACCAAGGAGUACACUAUUCGGAGGGACUCUCUCUCUUUGCCAGCUCCUAGUAUCCCUUGCGGUAUUAACAGCUGCCUCCCAGCGACUUGUCAGCACAUUUGCAGUUGCUGACGCACUGACACUGCAGGAAGGAAAGCACCAAAUUAUCAGAGCCAACGUUUGGCAGUGCGGGGUUAUGGGAAGAGUGCAACCUUUACUAGGCUCCUGUGUUUUCCAUCUUUCCAGCUCCUUCAGUGUAUCCAUGUUUUAUCGGAACGAAAGCAGCCACCAGCCCCACACAUUAGCCCUGCCUGACUGCCCCACACCUUGCCCACUGCCUCUCUUCAUUCAUCUUACGAAGGCAGUCAUCCCGCUGGACUGGGAUGCCGAAUGCCAAAACCCUCAGGCAGGCACAGGUAAUGCAAGGUCUUUUCCCUCCCCCUGGGCAGAGGUUCGCACUGACUCUCCCACUCACACCUGCUCAAUUCCUUUUGCAGGGCGCACCGUAACAGCGCUGGCUGUGGCAGUUGGCCUGCUGAGCACGGCAUUAAUAGGAGCAGGCAUAAUGUAUUGGAGGAGGUGA